GCGCAACAGUGCAGCACUAUCAGCUGGCUGUAGCUAGGACAAAUUUGCCGGCGCCGUGACCUCGCAAAAACUUUGGACUGCUGCAGGGUGCAUCCUCUCAGCCUGCAAAGCGCGCGAGCUAGGCCGCGAGGCGUUGACCAUGCGCCGACGACUCGUCGGCGCACUGCUGCUUGUGCACUGCUGUUCCGGCGACGACGCCACCGCCGCCGUCGCCGUGACGGCUCAACUCGCAGAAACGUUCGCGGCGGCCUGCAAUGCAACUGAUUUCCACGCGCUCGUCGAUUUGCCGGCGGCGAAAUACGUUCAUGUCAUGGACUUCUCCAGGGGAAUCGAAGCUGCCAUCUCCGCGAAACGCGGCGUGCCUUGCGUUUUGCGCCGCUUGGCCCGCAGACCGGCAAACAGCCGGUGCGCGCGCUGGUACGUGGGCCGCUACGACGAGGUGCGGCGGAACAUGUAUACGACAGAGAUGUUCGAGAACGCGACGAAAACUAUCGAUGGCUACGCGGGCAUCCGCGACGUGCACAUCGGUCUUGAUAUCGGCGGGCCCGCGGGCACGCCGGUCUACGCGCCGGCCCAGGGCGUCAUUCAAAGCUUCGGCUACAACCCCGACGCGGGCGACUACGGCCACGUUAUCGUUACGGAACACGUGAUAGAAGGCGUGCGGUGCUGGAUGCUCUUCGGACACCUCGACUCCGCGUCGGUGGCGUUCAAACGCGUGGGCCAGGUGGUGGAGCGCGGCGAGCGCAUCGGAGCGUUCGGCGCAUCGCACGAGAACGGAGGUUGGGCGCCGCACGUGCACUUCCAGGUCUCACUCAUUCCGCCGGCGACGCACGACAUGCCCGGCGUCGUCUCCGCCGCGCAGCGCGACCGGGCGCGACUGGAGUACCCCGACCCGCGAUUGAUUGCGGGGAUGUUGUAUACAUAAUCUGUUGUCAUGCGAUC